AUGGGUAGCUGCCAUUCGAGUCUUCAGAGCAAGGAAGCAGUUUCUCGUUGCAAAGCGCGGCGGCGCUACAUGCGUGAGCUUUCAGAGGGACGACAAGCUUUCGCCGCUGCUCACUCUCUUUACCUCCAUUUCCUCCGUUCAACCGGUGCCGCACUUCUCCAGUUCGCCAAUGCCGAAGCCCAUCUCCAUGUCCUAUCUCCCUUGCCGCAGCCGCCACCUCUUCCCCCUCCUCGCCACGCUUCUCCUCCGCCGCCGCCGCCUCCUCCUCCUCCCUUGAGCCCCAUCUCCGACAGCUGGACUUCAACGGUCACUGCUUCUCCUAUUCUUCCCCCGCCCCCUCCUCCCCCUCCCUCUUCCUCCGCCUGGGACUUCUGGGACCCUUUUGCCCCCCCCUCCUCCCAUUCAGUCACUGAAGAAGAGUGGGAGGAGGCAGGUGCCACUAUCUCGGAAGUCAACGCCGCUCCGGCGACCACUCCGCCGCCUUGCGUUAUCAGUGGAUUCUCGAAGGAUGCAGCCGUCGAGCUUGCGGUCGUGACUGUUCCAAGGGGGAAGAAGAAUUUCUCAGAGAUAGUUGAGGAGCUGGAUGAGUACUUUGUUAAAGCCUCCGAGACCGGGAGGAAAGUUUCCGUUGUUUUGGAAGCCUCUAGUUGUGGCUCUGCUGCUUCCAACCAUGGAAUUUCCGGAAAAAUGUCUAGUUAUUGCAAAAGCUUUAACCCGUUGAUUCUUUCCUGGAGCUCUAGCCCAAGGGCGGCAGCUUUAUCUAGUUUUAGGGAUUCCCGGGAGGAGAUGAGUAGAGUAAGCCAUUCUUGUACGAUCGAGAAGCUGUAUGCUUGGGAGAAAAAGUUUUAUCUUGAGGUCAAGAAUUGUGAAAGAACUAGGCAAGAGAAAGAAAAGAGACAGAGUUUGUUGAGAAGACAAGAGGCUAAUGGCGGGGAUUUCUUCAAGGUUCAGAAAAAUAAGAGGGAGAUUGAGAGGCUCGAGUCCAAGUUGAUGGUUUAUUGUCAAGCUAUUGAGACCACCUCCACGGAGAUUGUUAGGCUUAGAGAGGCCGAGCUCUUUCCUCAGCUCCUCGAUCUUGUUAACGGCUUGAUGUGCAUGUGGAGAGGCAUGUAUGAAUGCCAUCAGGUUCAAACUCACAUUGUGCAGCAACUCCAGUAUCUAAACAAUCCAUCAAGCACCAUUGCCACAUCUGAACUCCACCGACAAGCCACCCUACAACUAGAAGCCGAAAUCGGAAACUGGUAUUCCGCCUUCUGCAACCUCAUAAAGUCGCAGAGAGACUAUAUUCAUGCAAUCACAGGCUGGCUUCGCCUCUCCCUUUUCCAGUGCCAGCAUGACCCACUUGAUAGAAAUCACCAAAACUCUGAAAUUUAUGGUCUUUGUGAGGAGUGGCAGCUCGCCCUCGACAGAGUUCCUGACAAGGUUGCUUCUGAGGGGAUUAAAAGCUUCUUAACUGUUAUUCAUGCUAUUGUCAUACAGCAAGCUGCGGAGCACAAGCUGAAAAAGCGAUCAGAUUCUGCAUUUAAAGAGCUGGAGAAGAGAUCCAAAGAACUCAGAUCAUUGGAGAGAAAGUAUGGCCCUUACUCAUCCGAAGGCUAUGGGGACAAUGCAAGCAGAUCACCAGUAAUGGAGAAGAAAGCAAAGGUGGAUGCUUUGAAAACAAAGGCAGAAGAAGAGAAGACCAAGUAUGAGAAGAGUUCUGGAAUCACUAGAGCAAUGACACUGAACAAUCUUCAGACAGGAUUCCCCAAUGUCUUCCAGGCAAUGACAGGGUUCUCGAGCGUGUGCGCGCAAGCAUUCAGUGCUGUUUAUAACCAUCAAAGGACCUCAAAUAUUUCCCUCAAUUUCACUAAGAUGCUAACUUGAGAGGAAACAGAAGGAACAUGUGUAUUUCAUGUGUAAGCAGUACAUAUUUUAGUGUAGGCUGGGGAGUGGGCUUUGUCGUGGCAUGUAAAGUCACAAGUUUUUAUGUAUUUAAGCAGGGUUUUAAGCGAAAUUUUAAGUUGAGUUGUAGUUUUUGAUUGUUUGUUUUGUUGGAAAGACCUUAGGAGAUUGGCCUUGAUGCUUUUUAUGUUGUAUUGUUGUAAGCUUCAGAACUGCAGAAAUUUCACAAGUUCUUAGUUGUGCAAA